GUGCUAACAAGCAUUUUGGGAUUCCAUUAGAAAAUUAAACUCAUGUACUGGAAACUGAAGCUUUAUCAGCUCACCUGGGGAGCUCUGCCCUCCGAAUAUCCUCCAGAAGAGGCCCUGCACCACCCCUAUGGUUGCGAUGUUGAACCCCAGGCACUGAAUGAAGCCAUCAGAUGGAGCUCCAAGGAGAACCUUCUUGGAGCCACUGAGAGCGAUCCCAAUCUCUUUGUUGCACUUUACGAUUUUGUAGCAAGCGGUGACAACACGCUCAGCAUCACCAAAGGUGAGAAGCUGCGAGUCCUGGGUUACAACCAGAAUGGUGAAUGGAGUGAGGUACGUUCGAAGAAUGGGCAGGGCUGGGUACCAAGCAACUACAUCACACCGGUGAACAGCCUGGAAAAGCAUUCAUGGUACCAUGGGCCAGUGUCACGCAGUGCAGCAGAGUAUCUGUUGAGCAGUCUCAUCAAUGGCAGCUUCCUGGUUCGUGAAAGCGAGAGCAGCCCAGGGCAGCUAUCCAUCUCGCUCAGGUACGAAGGACGUGUUUACCACUACAGGAUCAAUACCACCUCAGAUGGAAAGGUAUAUGUGACAGCAGAAAGCCGUUUCAGCACCCUAGCAGAGCUAGUGCACCAUCACUCAACAGUAGCAGAUGGACUGGUGACAACUUUGCAUUACCCAGCACCCAAGUGCAAUAAGCCCACAGUCUAUGGAGUGUCCCCCAUCCAUGACAAGUGGGAGAUGGAGCGGACUGACAUCACCAUGAAGCACAAACUUGGGGGAGGGCAGUAUGGUGAGGUGUACGUUGGUGUCUGGAAGAAAUACAAUCUCACGGUUGCUGUGAAAACAUUAAAGGAAGAUACCAUGGAGGUGGAAGAGUUCUUGAAAGAAGCUGCUGUGAUGAAGGAGAUCAAGCAUCCAAAUCUAGUGCAGUUGUUAGGUGUAUGUACCCUGGAGCCACCCUUUUACAUUGUGACAGAAUACAUGCCGUAUGGGAACCUGCUAGACUAUUUACGGGAAUGCAACCGGGAGGAAGUGAGUGCUGUUGUGCUACUCUACAUGGCCACUCAGAUCUCCUCUGCUAUGGAAUACCUAGAGAAGAAGAACUUCAUUCACAGGGACCUGGCAGCACGGAACUGCUUAGUUGGAGAAAAUCAUGUGGUGAAGGUGGCUGACUUCGGCUUAAGUCGACUUAUGACUGGAGAUACCUACACAGCUCAUGCUGGAGCCAAGUUCCCAAUCAAAUGGACAGCCCCUGAGAGCCUGGCCUAUAACACGUUUUCAAUCAAAUCAGAUGUGUGGGCCUUUGGUGUGCUGUUAUGGGAAAUUGCUACCUAUGGGAUGUCACCAUACCCAGGGAUUGACCUCUCUCAGGUGUAUGAUCUGCUAGAAAAGGGCUAUCGGAUGGAACAACCUGAGGGAUGCCCUCCAAAGGUUUACGAAUUGAUGAGGGCAUGCUGGAAGUGGAACCCACCAGACCGGCCUUCCUUUGCUGAGACCCACCAGGCUUUUGAAACCAUGUUCCAUGACUCGAGCAUCUCAGAGGAGGUGGCAGAGGAGCUUGGAAGAACAGCCUCUUCCUCAUCCAUAGUUCCUUACUUGCCCCGGUUACCCAUGCUUCCCUCCAAGACUAGAACACUGAAGAAACAGGCAGAGAACAAGGAAAACAUUGAAGGCACACAAGAUACUGUGGAGCACUCGGCUUCCAGCUCAGCACCAGGUUUUAUCAGAAGCACAAAGCCAACAAGUGGGUCUCCCGCACUGCCUCGCAAGCAGAGGGACAAGUCACCCAGCAGCCUGUUGGAGGAUGCCAAAGAGACCACUUUCACCAGGGACAGAAAAGGUGGCUUCUUCAGCUCCUUUAUGAAGAAGAGGAAUGCUCCCACACCUCCCAAGCGCAGCAGUUCCUUCCGGGAGAUGGAGAAUCAGCCCCAUAAGAAAUAUGAGCUGACGGGUAACUUUUCAUCUGUAGCUUCCUUGCAGCAUGUGGAUGGGUUCUCUUUUGCUCCCGUGCAGCAGGACGCAAGCCUGGCGCCACCCAAGUGCUAUGGUGGGAGCUUCGUGCAGAGGACCUUCUACAACGAUGAUGGCACUGGUACCAGCAGUGGUGGGGGUGUAAGCACCGGUGGCGGGUGGUCGGGCAUCACUGGUUUCUUUACACCACGCUUGAUUAAAAAGACACUGGGUUUACGAGCAGGAAAACCCGCUAGCAAUGAAGAAGCUUCAAAGCCUUUUCCAAGGUCAAACUCUACAUCUUCCAUGUCCUCAGGGCUUCCAGAGCAGGAUAGGAUGGCAAUGACCCUUCCCAGAAAUUCCCAGAGGUCAAAAGUCCAGCUGGAACGGACAGUGUCCACCUCCUCUCAGCCUGAUGAGAGCACAGGGAGGGCCAAUGACCUGCUUCCCAAAAGGUUUGAAGAAGGCCCUGCUUUGACCAGAGAGAGACCAAAAGCAAAACUCUUGCCAAGGGGUGCCACAGCACUCCCUUUCCGAACCCCCUGUGGAUCGGAAGAAAAGGAGGGUCCAGGGCUAGCAGCAGCUUCUAAAGGCAAAGAAAAAAACAGUGCCCAACGGCAAGGGGCCCUUGAGGAUGGCGAGAGACUGGGGUGGUCAUCUCCAGUAAAGGCUGCAGCAAUACUUCCAACCACUCAUAACCACAAAGUGCCAGUUCUAAUCUCACCCACUCUAAAACACACUCCAGCAGACGUGCAGCUCAUUGGCACAGACUCUCAGGGUAAUAAAUUUAAGCUCUUAUCUGAGCAUCAGGUCACUUCUUCUGGCGACAGGGACCGGCCCAGACGGGUAAAACCAAAGUGUGCUCCACCUCCACCACCAGUGAUAAGGCUCCUGCAACAGCCAGCUGCCUGCUCAGAUGCAGCAGAAGAGCUGAGCAAUGUGGCAGGAGCGCAGCACGGACUGGAAUUGAGCGAAGGGAGUAAGAAGGCAGCAGCAGCAGCACCUGUUGGUGGAAAAUCUGGGAGGCCCGUGAUGCCUCCACCUCAAGUGCCUCUGUCAUCGUCUUCCACCUCCCCAGUGAAAAUGGCCAACGGCACGGCUGGCGCAAAAGUAGCACUAAGAAAGACCAAACAGGCAGCCGAGAAAAUCUCCGCAGACAAAAUCAGCAAGGAAGCACUGCUGGAGUGCGCAGAUCUUCUCUCGAGUGCCAUCGCUGAGCCGACACCAAACAGCCAGCUGGUGGACACAGGGCACCAGCUGUUGGAUUACUGCUCAGGCUACGUGGACUGCAUCCCGCAUACACGCAACAAAUUCGCCUUCCGGGAAGCCGUGAGCAAACUGGAACUCAGCCUGCAGGAACUGCAGGUGUCCUCGACAGCUGCUAGCGUCCCUGGGGCAAACCCCGUCCUUAAUAACUUAUUGUCAUGUGUCCAAGAAAUCAGCGAUGUGGUGCAAAGGUAGCUACUGUCAAUCUGGGUAAGAGAAAUACACAUGGGGUGGGGGUGGGGUGUUCGAACGGGACUUUUUUUCUGUACUGAUGCUUUCAAAAGGAAAGACUGAUACUUGAGUAUGUGAAGUACCUCAGAUCACUGAGUUCUCCUCACGUUUACAGGUUCAUCUCAAAAAAUGGGGAUGGAGAGGGUAGAUUAAAGCUGUAAGGGGCAGAACAUCAAGUAUUUGUCCCUACCUAGUCAGGGUGAUCUGCUUGGUAUGGCAAAGGGAGGCAGUUCCCUACUCCUCCCUUGGAGAGGCAGGAGAAUUGAUGGCAGGUUCUUGCUCUGGGAAGGAUGGUUUAACAUGUGAUAGCUGGAGUACUGGAGUGGCUGCGGGCUGUUGGGCCGUACAGAUCCUCCCCUGUCUGCACUAACGUGUGUGUUGGUCUCCUGAUGAGGCAAAGGAAAGGCACUGGGGUUCCUUUGGUACCAACUGCCAAGCAGUCUGAGCCGGAGUAGCUCCGAAGGGGGAGGAGGUUGCAUGCGGUUGGGGGAAAGGUCUAAUGCACUGACAGUAUUCAGAGCUGCUGGAGGUGGAUGCACUAGCCGAGAUGGCUUACUUCCACAGUGCUGUUGCUGCUGUAAUGAGAACUGCAAAAUUAGUUAAUAUAUGAAACUAUCCCUUUUCCCUCCUGUCCACUUCAUCCACCACAUGUUCUCAUCUUCAUUGUAUCUGAAGCGUCAGGGAUGCUGGGCAGACUUACCACUGGAACACCCCCUUCCCCACCACACAGCCUUCUCUCAGUUAAUACCUAUUUCUAGUGGUCUAGCAUGGAUGCUGCUUGAUGGUCACUUGUGAGUAGUUUGGGGCUCUUGCACAACUUCCCAGUGUUGUUAUUGAGGUGAGUGGACUGGGUGUUUGGUUUUUUGGGUAUUUUUUAAGCUCUAGAUUGUUUCUAACUUGUUAUCAGGUUGACUCCCCAACUCAGUUUCAUCACCUUGAGGACCCGUGGUAGGUAAGGCAGAGCCUCCCCCACCCCCGGCUGUUCUCCACAUUCCUUUAGCAGUCGUAGCGCUGCGGGGCCAGCUGGAGAGCCAGAAAGGACAGCCUGGCCUGCCUGCCAUGCGUCCUCGCUGCUUCAGGAGUCUUGGAUCUGUCCCUACUUUUGGUGUAACACCACCACUUCACACUGGCCGUUUCCUGGGAUUUGUUCUAGUGCUUACCAGCCUCGCAGGCUUUCAGCUUCUCUGCCUAGGAAGCUGACUAGGUACAGCAGCAUACAGGGGAACCACAGCUAUCUUUCUUUAAUUUAUUCCUGUGUUUUAAAGGCUAGAUAAGAAUCUUAUGCUGUAGCGUAAGGAACAUGCACAUAAAUGACGCGCUCCUCUGAGGUGUGACAACAAAUGUUACAGCUCUGCCUCAGAGGGCUCCCCUGGGGUUAUGGUCUCUGAUGCCUACUGACAAUCCCAGAAUGAAAGUAGUCCCGUGGUUUAAGUUGCCUCCCGUGGUCCUAGUGCUGUUUGUAGACUGUUGUGGCCUCAAAAAGCUGGUCUUCGGCGUGUACGCACAACCUCCAAGAUGUUAAUGUACUGGCAAGUAGGAAGACCUCAACUAACUGUUGGUUUGUGAGAGGAAGAAAACAGGCCUGAUACCUGGCUCCAAAUCCAUGUUACCCUGCAUGCUGCUGCUCACUUCACACUGUUGGUGAUGGUAGAAGAUCUCGCUUGCUUUGCACCUUAAAUCUUUUAUUUUUGGCUAAAAUGCUUUUUUAACUUGUUUUUAAUGUGUGACUGUGCUGCUUUUAGUUUGAGCAUUUACAGUUGAGCUGGGACACACGUGUGAAUUUAGAAGAUGGGCACUUCCAUUUUGGUCUAGAAGCAUGGCCGUGUUGGUGCUUGGAAGUAGGCUGGGCUGUCUCAGUGAGUGUCCCUGUUUUUUCCAUGGAGUGUAGUGAGACAGGGGCCUGAAAAAUCUUUAGAAAUGGACUGCUGUCUGAGAAUCUUCAUCUGAUUGCUGGUCUGUGGUAAACAAAGUUGUGUCAUGAUGCAUGAAUGCACACCAGUGGAGCAGUAUGCGAGGUGAAAUGGACCAUUUCAGCUUCACUGUCCAAGUGAGUGGAAUGGGGAGGGAGGGGGGAAAAGCAACCCCUCCACCCCAACUGACAGGCAUUAAAGUGAAUUAAUUAUUCCUGUGAGUCAGUUUUACUCCAGUGAGCUGGUACCUCAGUGGAGACAAAUGAAAGUACAGCAUGGGUUACUCAUCCUGACUUAGCCGUACCAAGCUUAACCCACCAAAGCCUGUCCUCUAAUUCUGCAGUAGGAUCUUCAGCUAGCCCAGGCUCUUUUGCAGCCUUCAAGGCUGCGGGUCAGGGGAGUCUGGGCUGGGACUCUUCCACAGCAAUGCCCAGCUGUAAGACAGAGUACCAAACCAUUAUCUUUUAGACUUUACUGAGGGCUUUUGUGGUUUACCUUAUCUCUUUCAGUCAUCUUAGUUUGGUGUGCAGCGAUGCACACUUUCAACAAACUGCCUUUGGAAAGGUGACCUGCAAAGGGAAGGAGGCUUGCGAUAUUGCUUCAUGUGGCCUUUCAAACAAUCAGAAGGGUUUAAAAGGUAUGGGAGCUUUCUUCAGGGCAGAAGGGCAGGUCGUGGUUGUCCUGGCAGACAAUCAUGUGGUUUCAUCAAUGUACUACUGCUCAGCCGAGAACAAACAAACUGAAGCUGAAGUGAUUCUCAGGGGAGAGGUACUUUAACCAGAAAAUUUUAAGGCUGUUAGUCCAGUUCUGAUUAAUAUUUUGAAAGAAGCUUGGUGGGUUUUUUUCCUGAAUGCCAGUCUUCCAGAAAAGCUUCACCAAAAGUGAUAGAAUAGCUAACUGUGCCCCAACAAAGGCCUGGUUCCCUUCCACUGGUCAUCCCCAGUUCCUGUCAGACUGCCUGGUUUCUCCUCCCCAACGGCAGAGGUGAUGGGCAGUGGGCCAGGGCAGUACCACAGCUGAAGGCACCAUCUGCUUUGACAGAGUCACAGAGUGGCUGAGGGUGUCACGGACCCUGGGAGGUUACCUGGCCCAAGCAGGGCCAUCUAGAGCCAGCUGUCUGACCAUGGCCAGGUGGCUUUUGAGUAUCUCCAAGGAUGGAGACUCCACAGCCAGUAUGAGCAGCACUGAAUCCCAUUCAGUUCUGAUCCCUCUUGUGGUAGAAAAACACAGGAGCAGUGGAAUUUUGGGAUUUGCCUGCCAUCACUCCUACGGAGAGUGUUUGCUCUGCUCUUGUCUUACAUCAGGUGGGUAGAUGGUGGCAGAAGUAGUGCUGGUUUGACAUUAGGUUUUUUUCCCCUAAAUAGGAGGCUGCAGUAUUGCUGCUGCUUCUGCUGCCCAACAGUGUUUUAUUCCCAAACAAAAAGAUGGGAAAAGACUGUCAGGAGAGCAAAAGGAUGAUAAUUGGGAAAGCUGGUGCUGCUGUAAAGUACCAUUCAGUUGUUUUUCCUUCCACAGCUACUCUCCUAGAAUUGUUACUGUUUCUUCUCCCUUUUGCUGGGUUUGGCUUUCUCUUCAGCCUUAAAGGUCUCUAGCAGCUUCUCUGCUUUCAGCCUUGCACAGUGUUCAAAGUAACAUGGGGUGGUGGGGCCCUGGUAUUUGUCCCAAUGCAGAGCACGUCUUGCUCCACUGUUCAGGGGAGGAGACAAGGCAUAAACUCCAGUUGUGUUUCCUUUCCUAACCCCUGUCAGGAUGCAGUUGCACCCAGGCUCUCUCACUUGCACUACUAUGGGCUAGAAUUUCAUAGAAUCACAGACUGGUUUGGGUUGGAAGCAACCUUAAAGAUCAUCUAGUUCCACUGCACCACCUCUACCACCCCGCCAUGGGCAGGGACACCU